AUGACCAUGCUCCCCAACAAUGUCGUUUCCUCCGUUCAAAAGUGUUCGUCUAUGAUUUCAAAGUGUGUCUCGGCGAGGAGGGUGAAACUCGCAAAAUCCGUGCACGGUCACCUUAUAAAAACCGCUCUUUUCUUCGACGCUUUCCUCGCUAACGGUCUCAUUGACGCGUAUUCGAAGUGCGGCAGCGAAGAAAGUUUACAAAAGGCCUUCGACGAUCUUCCCAACAAGAACACUCGUUCGUGGAAUACGCUAAUCUCGUUUUACUCGAAAACGGGCCUUUUCCAUAAGGCCCGUAAUCUGUUCGAUAAAAUGCCUCAACGGAACGUCGUUAGUUAUAACUCGCUAAUCUCCGGGUUCAAGCGCUAUAAUCUUCACGAAGAUUCGGUUAAGCUCUUUCAAAUGAUGCAAAACGGUCGAAACGUUUUGGUGUUAGACGAGUUCACCCUCGUUAGCGUAGUUGGAAGCUGCGCUUGUUUGGGGAACGCUAAAUGGUUGCGCCAGGCUCAUGGGGUGGCAGUUAUAGUUGGCAUAGACUGGAACCUGAUUCUCAAUAACGCGUUAAUUGAUGCUUAUGGGAAAUGUGGUGAACCCGACUUGUCGUAUUCUGUGUUUUGCUGGAUGCGAGAGAGAAAUGUAGUGUCUUGGACGUCAAUGGUUGUGGCUUACUCUAGAGCAUGUAGAUUGGAUGAAGCUUGUAAGGUAUUUAAGGAUAUGCCGGUUAAGAACACGGUUUCUUGGUCUGCUUUGAUAACGGGUUUUGUGAGAAAUGGGCGUUGUGGUGAAGCUUUUGAUGUUUUUAAGCAAAUGUUGGAAGAGGGUGUGAGACCUAGUGCUCCAACUUUUGUGAGUAUUAUAGAUGCUUGUGCAGAAGAGGCUCUUAUAGGAAGAGGUAAGCAGGUGCAUGGUCAAAUUAUUAGAGGUGGCAUAAGUGGGAACUUGUUUAAUGUGUAUGUCUGCAAUGCUUUGAUUGACAUGUAUGGUAAGUGUGGAGAUAUGAAAUCAGCUGAAAAUUUGUUUGAGAUGGCUCCUGUCAGGGAUGUGGUUACUUGGAAUACGUUCAUAACUGGUUUUGCACAAAAUGGUCAUGGGGAGGACUCAUUGGCUGUGUUUAGAAGGAUGAUAGAAGCCAAAGUAGAGCCCAAUCAUGUGACAUUUCUUGGGGUGCUAUCUGGUUGUAGCCAUGCAGGUUUAGAUAAUGAAGGGUUAGAGUUGGUGGAUUUGAUGGAAAGAAAGUAUGGAGUGAAGCCUAAAGCUGAUCACUAUGCUUUACUGAUUGAUUUGCUGGGGAGGAAAAACAGACUGAAGGAAGCCAUGAGUUUGACUGAAAAGGUGCCUGGUGAAACUAUGAAUCACAUUGCAGUUUGGGGUGCAAUAUUGGGUGCUUGUAGAGUUCAUGGGAACAUGGACCUUGCUAGAAAGGCUGCUGAGGCACUGUUUGAGUUGGAACCAGAAAAUACAGCUAGGUAUGUUAUGCUAGCAAACAUAUAUGCUGCAGAUGGUAGAUGGGGUGAUGCCAAAAGAAUUAGGACGGUAAUGAAGGAAAGGUGUUUGAAAAAAGAACCAGCUUUUAGUUGGAUUGAGUUGAGAAAUGUGAGACACGAGUUUGUGGCCAAGGACAAGCUGCAUCGACAGAUUGGAGAGAUAUGUGAAGUGAACAGUAAAUUAGUCCUUCAUUUGAAGGAUGCCGGGUAUCAUCAGCCUUAUAUUGAUUACCCUUUUCGUCCAGAUUAUGAUGAUGAUUUCUACUUUAGUUAGUCAAUAUAGCCGCAUUGAUGAGAAGCUUUUGUCAUGGUGUUAUCAUGCCACCGUGAUUAUCAAGAAUGCUAACUAUCUUCAAUCAUACUCCUCUCACUACUAGGCUGUGAGUCAAUCGGUAUGUUUGUUUUCAUGUUGAGACGCUUCAACUGUCAGUUCAACUCAACAACACAAAACUCAUGAAGAAAUUGGAGUGAAUAUGCAUUGGAAUGUGUAUUAAGUUUUGGGUAACACGUUGAAUAUUAGUGAACGUGGUUCCAAGAAGCAACUAAUAGUUGGUUUUGCAUUGUUGUUGUGUGAUUUUGCUCUGAAUAUGUGGAUCCCUUAUGGGAAAGCAAGCAUUCUCCAAGUAAUAACUGAAUGUGGUCAUGUUUGGUAUUGAUUAGCAUUGUAAUUACAAACAUUGGCAUUGUAUUGAAAUUUGACCAACUGUAGCUAUUGAUUAGCAUUGAUCAUAAUUAUGAAUGAUCACUGCAAACAAUAAUAGGCCUUUCACAGUGAUU